AUGGCACGCCUCGGAAAUUUGUUGGCGUUGCUCUCGACGGCCCUGCUCGCGACGGAAAGCCUCGCGGCGAAACGCACCUUCGCGAAGAAGAAAGGAAAGACCCAGAUGUGGAUCACAAUUAUUGUCGUCGUGGGCACCGUCGCCACCCGUGCAGAAAUGGUUCCCAGUGACGCGGAGAUCAACGCCAAUGGGUCAUCCCGCACGCAGGUCAUGCUGGCGCUCUUAUGCGCCCUCUACUGCCAGUGCGGCGACCGCAUUUACACGGCCGGGAACAACAACCGCAGGAACGAGCAGGAGCCCCUCAUCGUCGAGGGCAAGCCGAUCCCGCCGCCGUGA